GUCACAUGUCCUUCUGCUGGAAGGGAACUAGCUGCUACAUUAUCUGCUAACAACACGGCAUAUUCACAAAGGCCCCUGUUACUGUGAAGAUCACUUACAAUACACAUCACUGCAUUUGUCAGUAAAGGAAAAACAUUAUAAGAAUAUCUGACAAAUUCAGUUGCUGAACAAGACAAUGUCUGAAAAGAGCGAGAACCAAACCUCAGCCCUUCCUGAUGCAUACAGAGGGCGUCUAGAGGAAAACCCGGGCACUGGGCUAUUAAAUGUGAAGGAAGAGGAUGAGACAGAUGACAUGAAUAGUCAUCAGACUGAAAUACAUUGCUCCCUCCCUGCCGAUGAAGAUAAAGCUGAUAUAGUGAAAGUUGAGAUAACAGAAGAUCUGUGUGUGAGGCAUCAACUGGAAGCACCAGAUAAGGAAAUCAGUGACAGCCCAGGCCGUUUGGAUGUGACGUCUUCAUAUGGCUCAGUGGCUGAGCACAGAGGAGAACCGUAUGUGUGUGAUCAUGUGAAGACUGAGGAAGAUGAAGUUCCUAUAAAUAUGACUACAGGUGAUGUUAAGGCUGAAGUCACACUUAAUACUGAACAGACUGUGAAGCAGGAAAUGAGUGACAAUAUCAGUCCAGGUGAUGUUAAGACUGAAGUCACACUUAAUGCUGAACAAACAAAUGAUCUGUAUGUAAAGAGUCAGCAGGAAGCUGUGAAGCAGGAAAUCAGUGACAAUAUCAGUACAGGUGAAUUUACAAAUUGCAGUAAUCCUAGUCCUAGUCAAGGUGAAAGUACAGAUACUUGUUUCAAUCUUCUAAAUCAAAGAAGCAACAGAGGAAAUGUAUGUUCUGAAUAUGGGAAAUGUUUUACCAGAAAAUCAAAUCUUUUAAGACAUCAGAAAAUUCCUACAGAAGAGAAAGCAUUUUCAUGUGCUGAAUGUGGGAAAUGUUUUUCUCGGAAAUCACAUUUUAUUAGACAUCAGAAAAUUCAUACAGAAGAGAAAGCAUUUUCAUGUGCUGAAUGUGGGAAAUGUUUUUCUCGGAAAUCACAUUCUAUUAGACAUCAGACAGUUCAUACAGAAGAGAAAGCAUUUUCAUGCUCUGAAUGUGGGAAAUGUUUUAAAGAGAAAUCAACUCUUAUUAUGCAUCAAACAAAUCAUACAGGAGAGAAAGCAUUUUCAUGUUCUGAAUGUGGGAAAUGUUUUGCUUGGAAAUCAAGCCUAAUUACACAUCAGAGAAUUCAUACAGGGGAGAAAGCAUCUUCAUGUUCUGAAUGUGGGAAAUGUUUUGCUCGGAAAUCACAUUUUAUUAGACAUCAGAAAAUUCAUACAGCAGAGAAAGCAUUUUCAUGUUCUGAAUGUGGGAAAUGCUUUACUGAGGAAUCAACUCUUAUUAAUCAUCAGACAAAUCAUACAGGAGACAAAGCAUUUUCAUGUUCUGAAUGUGGGAAAUGUUUUGCAUGGAAAUCAAGCCUAAUUACACAUCAGAAAAUUCAUACUGGAUAGAAAGCAUAUUCAUGUUCUGAAUGUGGGAAAUGUACUUAGAAAUCAACUCUUAUUAACAAGGGACACUGAACCCAAAUUUUUUCUUUUGUGAUUCAGAUGCAAUGCAAUUUUAAGCAACUUUCUAAUUUACUCCUAUUAUCAAUGUUUCUUCGUUCUCUUGCUAUCUUUAUUUGAAAAAUAAGGCAUCUAAGCUUUUAUCUUGUUCAGAACUCUGGACAGCAGUUUUUGAUUGGUGGAUGAUAUUAUCCACCAAUCAGCAAGGCCAACCUUGGUUAUUCACCAAAAAUGGGCCGGCAUCUAAACUUACAUUCUUGCAUUUCAAAUAAAGAUACCAAGAGAAUAAAGAACAUUUGAUAAUAGGAGUAAAUUAGAAAGUUGCUUAAAAUGUUAUGCUCUAUCUGAAUCACGAAAUAAAAAAAUUGGGUUCAGUGUCCCUUUAAGCAUCAGACAUCAUACAGGAGAGAAAGCAUUUUUCUGUUCUCAACUAAGGGAAAUGUUUUGCUUGGUAAUCAAGUCUAAUUAUACAUCAGAAAAUUCAUACAGAAGAGAAAGCAUUGUCAUGUUCUCAAUGUGGGAAAUUUAUUGCUUGAAAGUUAACUCUUGUUAACCCUUUUGAUGUGCAUGAUCAGCUAGAAAUAUAUCUGGUAUGUCUAGUUUAUUUUCUAGUAUACAAGUCCCUCUCUUAAAAGAAUUAUAAUUUUGGCUGUAUAGCCUGAUGAUCACUGUGGUAACAGUGAACACCUGUCAAGAAAAAAAGCGCUUUUAUUUCUGUACUGCACAAUGGGGCCUCUUUAAUCAUUAUUAUAACCCCCAAAAGCCAAUACCCAGAUAGCAUGGAUAACUUGCCACAAACUUAUAGCAAACUUUUAAUUGUAAGUCUUGCUAACUUGCUGCAAGUUUUCACUGGCAAGUCUGUUUACAUGCAGCAUAAGUUCUAGUUGACACUUUUUCAACUUGCAGCAAUUUUUCCUGGCAAGUAUCUAGCAAGAGGACAGGGAAUGUGUAUUGUUGUGACAAGUUUACAGCAAGAGCUCUGCAAGUCUUUUCCAUAUUUCUGACAGGUCGACAGCAAGAGUACUGCAAGUCUUAAGCAUAUCUCUGGCAUGUAUGUCACAAUUAAAAGCAGAGUCUGCGACAAGAGCACUGCACGUUUACUACUUACAUAAAUUAUGUUUACAAAUUAAUAAUACAGUAAUAAUAAAAUGUUUUUCCUGUAAAUGUUUUUUAAUGUACGUUAUUUGUAUGAUUUUAAUUGUUUUUAAAGUUGUAUCUAUACCUUAUCUGAGAUAAUAUAUUAAUAUACUGUAUAUAACACUAAUAUUAUGUCAGGUAAUAUAUUAAGUUAAUUACUUAAACUAGAGUUAUGUUAUAACACUAAUAUCAUUAUCUCAGGUACAGUAUGUGGGAACUUUUAACAGCACACCCCUUUUAGGUGUUCAGCUUAUACAUCAGUCUUCAGUUCUGCAUAUGUUCAUUAUGUUCAAUGCUUGUCCCUUUCUUUUAGUGGUUUUCGGCAGUGGUUUUAAAUGAUGAUUUCAUAUUUUAUGAAUAUUAGUUUUGCAAUUAUUUCUUUAUCUAUUUCUUUUACAGUUAUAAAAAAAAUGAUUUACAAACAAACAAAUGUACUCAGGAACUCCGUAGUAAGUUGAAUCACACACAGGAUAGGGAGUGACUGGUCUUACGCAUUUCGGCAGACUGCUGUAAUCAUAGACCUAAGGAGUGUUAGUCAGUUAGCAGUUUAAAAAGGUUAUAAAACAAUAUCAUUGGUUAGAUAGUAAUUAAGCACCUGCUAUACCUGAACACAGGUAUUCUCUCACUAUGGAAACAGACCUAAUGGACAAAAAUAGAGCAGGAAAAAUAGAGCAGCAGAAAAUACAGAGAACAAUAAAUUGCAACACCGGUUUAAAUGAUCAUAUAUAAACACAAUAAGUGUGUACAGUGAGCAAACAAAUAAAUAUUGUCUUAUUCAAAAUAUUAGAAAAAAGAUAAGAAACCUAACAAGUAUAAACCUAUCAAUAGAAAAAAUAUAUAAUAAUAAUAAAUUCAAAACAGUAAAUCAAUACAUAAGGGAGUCAUAUGAAACUUAAAUGUGAAUGUAUGAAUAAUUUGAAUGUGUAAAUAGUUUAAGAUAUGAGUAUACGGAUAAUUUAAAUAAAUAUAUAAUAUACACACAUAUAAAUAAAUAUAUAUAUAUAUAUAUCUGCAUUACCCAGAGAUAUAUUUAUUUAUAUGUGUGUAUAUUAUAUAUUUAUUUAAAUUAUCCGCGGUUCUGCGUGCUGACGUCCCGGGACUUGUCUCUUCAGAGAUAUGUGCCGCUGAUGGUUCCUAGUGGCAACCGGGUUUGCCGGAACCUGAGAGCGAUUGGCUUAAUACCGAAUGGGUACUGGGUACUGUGCUUUUACUUUGGAGGUGAGACUUUGCAUACUCCUUGUGUUUUGGAGCUACGUUUGUGUACUUAUGAUUAGAGUGGUAAUUGAUUUCCCCAUCUAUUAACUGGAGCCUUUCCUGAAGAAUUUUAUACACCGCUGUAUUUUUCAAACCAGAACUGUGUGCCUUUUUGUAAAAAAAAUUAUUAUUGCAUAUAACUAACUGCAAUUGCGUGGAAAUCACCAAAAGUUACAGUAGGAAAAUCAUAUACAUUUUGUAUUGAAUCCAUAAUUUUACUGAACUGAAUAAAUUAAUAUCUGCCUUUCUUGUGAAUGUUAUGUGUUAACCUCAAUACUGUAUGAAGAUAAAAAUAUUCACGGAAAAAGGUUUUAAAAAUAACUCCAUAAACACAACAGCAUUAACUCUUACAAAACUAAUUAAAACUUUUAUUAGGCUGCAAAUUCUCCAGGUUUGUAAAAUGUUUUAAGUAUGACUUUGUUAUAAAUUAGAGAAUAACUUACCUUAACAUAUAGGCCUAAUGUACAAGUUUUAUGCAAACACAUGAAAAUUUUGACAGAACAAUAAAAAAUAAAAAUCUGACAUGCA